AUGGAUGUCUCAGUUUCCGAGAAGAAGCUCUUCCAGUUUGGCGAGCCCGUGGCCCUCGAUCACGUGCUCAUGACACCAUCCGACGUCGAGGAGCCUCCUACCCGCAUGUACGCGGCGGCGGGAGACUUUUGGAGGAAAUGGUGUCCCCCUGGCCUAAGUGAAUCGCCUGUCUUGGGUCUCAAGAUUAGCCCGCUCAUCGAAACCACUGCCGACAGCGUGGUGGGGAACCGUUUGGCGGCCAUCGAAAAGCAGAUGAAGGCCCUACAGGAGAAACUGAACGAGGAGACCCAAGGCCGCCAGAACAUCCAGAGAAAGGUAAAUGCGCUCGAGAACGAGAACGUAACCCUCAAGAGGAAGGUCGAGGGGCUCGAGAACGAGAACGUAACCCUCAAGAGGAAGGGCGAAGGGCUCGAGAAGAGGGUCAAAGGGCUCGAGAACGAGAACGAAGGUCGAAGGGCUCGAGAAGAAGGUCGAGGGGCUCGAGAAGAAGGUGCGCUCGAGAAGAAGCUGAAAAAGACUAAGGCCGCCUUCAAGCAACUGAAGCGGGGAUGCAAUGGGGGACUCCAGGCGAUGGAGGAGACCCUCAACGAGUAG